GCGGGAUAGCUCGGCCAACUAGCCAGUAGAAAAGGAAGGAAACGGCCAAAAAAUAAAAAAUAAAAUCAAAGAGUUGUUAGGGGUAGAGGGGUAGCAUUGCCAGGCAACGACUGACUGGGCACUCCUCGAGUAUAGGCGGGCGCGUCCUGGUAGUGGAACGGCGCAGUGCAUGAUGGGAAGUGGCAAUGCGAAACGGGGAGACCGCUGUUUGAAAGGCGCAGGGGGUGAUGGGAAGUGUCAGAGUUAGUAAAGCCAGGUGGGCUUGUCAGCCUAGAGAUGCUGAAUUUCUACCUGUUGUGAUGCAACUGUUAAAGUUCCAGGAGCUGUAUCAGGAUAAAUCGGGACAGCAGAUCUCUCAUCCCUAGCCGACAACGAAUCCCUCUGUGGCGGCCAUGGUGGUGGAGGUGUGCAGCUUCUUUGGAGUCUACCUUCUGUACUGCACCAACCCCCGUUACCAUGGCCGAGUUUACGUUGGCUUCACUGUGAAUCCUGAACGACGGAUAAGUCAGCAUAACGCUGGGAAGCGUCGUGGAGGGGCUUGGAAGACAAGUGGCCGCGGGCCUUGGGACAUGGUGCUGAUAAUUCAUGGCUUCCCCUCUGAUGUGGCUGCCCUGCGGUUUGAAUGGGCUUGGCAGCACCCACAUGCCUCCCGCCGUCUCACCCACGUCACCCGCCGCACUUCAAAGGAGCGCCAGUUUGACUUCCACCUACGUGUAUUAGCCCACAUGCUCCGAACUGCCCCCUGGUGCCGCCUGCCCCUCACCAUACGUUGGCUCAAGCAGGAAUACCACCGAGACUUUCCUCCGGGCUUGGAACCUCCCUUACACAUGCCAGUAGCCUUUGGUCAAGUCCGUGCUGUCAGAGGAACCCAGGGAGCGAGGACAGAGUCCUCCGAAGAACUACCAGUGACUCCAAAACGCUGCAGCAUCUGUCUGAAAAGGUUCCAGGAUGGGGAGGAGGAGGAUAUCCCCUUGCGUUGUUUCCACGCUGGCUGCUCCAUGGCAGCCCAUGUUAUCUGCCUGGCCCGAACUUUCCUACAGAAGGAACCUGAUCAGUUCUUGCCCGUAGAAGGGCAGUGCCCAGGCUGCAAGAAUCUUGUGCUCUGGGGAGACCUGAUUCGCCACCAUAAAGGGUGCUACGGAGACCUAGAGGCCGACCCCACCUCCUCCCAGGAACACUGGGCUGAUGAGCUGAACUGUGAAGGAGGUAGCGGAAACGUGUCCGAAGGCGACUCCUCUCCUUUGGUGGAAGAUGAACUUGGGUGCCCAGCAGCUGGAAUGGCCCUUCUUUAAGCCCCAGCUCUUCUUUCUGGAUGGCAGGGAGUCUCCUUAAGUCUCUUUCCGG